AUGGCGAACGACGAGGGAGCAGGCCCCGCGAGUGUGAGACUAUCUCUGCGGUUGCAUAUGCCGACGACGACGGACGAGACGGCGGGAGCUGAAGACAGAAGAAGCACUCAGCAGGAGUCCACAGAACUGAUCAUUGAACCGGUCGCUUCAAGCUCCAGCACGGGCGGCCCCAUUCCGUUGUCCGAGCUCGCCAAGACCCUCGCCCGGGUACGCGUCCAGUCUAAUCGCACGCUCACCGCGCUCAUCAACUCCUAUGGGUCUUUCGAGUCGGCCAAGGAGAAGAAACUCGCAGAUCACUUGCGGACGGCUUCUAGUACGACUCAGACUGAGUCGGAGGAAGAUGAAGAUGAGGAAGGAGAAGAUGAAGAUUAA